GGUGCGCAUCAAGCAAGUGUAAAUCAAGUUGAUGCUUUACAAAGAGAGUUGGAGCAGCUCAGAGAAAGCAAUCAAGCCAUUCAAGCAGAGAAAUCUGCUUUACUGCAGCAAUUGGCUGAUCAGGAGGCUGUGACUCGUACCGUCACUGAUGAGAAUGUACGUCAAGUGGGAGAAGUAAGGAGAUUGCAGCAGCUUAUGCAGCAACGUGACCAAGACAACAAACAACUGCAAACAGCAGUUCAUGAGCAGGAACAUCUUGCAGACGGAAACAGAAAGAAGCAAACGAACUGCAGGAGGAAAUCACAAGAAUGGCAAGUCAGUUAGAUGACAAUGAGAGACAGCUGCAACAACAGGAGGAAGAAUUGGAUGGCAAGAGAAACACAAUAGAGCAACAGGGUAUCACAAUAGAAGAACAGAGAAGGCAAAUGGAUGUCUUGAGGCACGAGGUGCAAGAGAUGGAUGUCAUGAGGCACGAGGCGCAAGAGAAGCACACAAUUAAUGAACGUCUGGCAAGAGACUUACAGAGAAGUGAAAGUGCAGUGCAGGAGCUGCAACAACUUCAACAUCAAUAUGACAGCAUUACACUGAUCCAUGAUGACAGUUUACACAUGACUGGAUUAAAGUUGGGAGAAGGAGCUUAUGGAGAGGUUGGUGUUGGCAUGUGGAGUGGUGUAGCAGUUGCUGUCAAGACAUUUCAUGAAGAACCGGUUAGAGUAGAUGAACUCAACGUUUCCUUCAUUCAACGUGAAGUGUCGGUGUCCAGUCGUAUCCAUCAUCCCAAUGUCGUAUCCAUCUGUGGAGCUAUCAUUGAGAAUGAAAUGUGA